UCGAGCGGGUGGUGUGCGCACGGUGCACGAAGUGUGGAGUGCAGUACGUCGAUCGCGGAGACUUCAACGCGUGUGUGACGCGCGCGCGCGUAAACGCGCGGACCUCGUCGAUAAACAAAGUGGAGUUUACAUCUGAUUUUUUGUGACCAGCAGAGCCAGUGCACCAGCGAGACGGGAAAUGCCUGCGUUGAAGCUCUUCGGACGAAAAUGGUUGGCAGCAACCGACGAUCUCGUAUAUCCCGGCAUGUUCGAAUUAUUUAUCCGCGUUGUAUGGCUGAUGCUCAUAGGAAUCGCCUGCGCGAGGUACUACGAGAAUACGUGGAAUUGUCGGUUUGGAGGUGACUUAGUGCGUGCAUAUCUCAUAGGCGAAGUAGUCAUGCUCAGUAUCGUCACGCUUUUGAUACUCGUCAUCAUCAGGCAUAGCGCAAAGGGGGCCAUCAUGGACACGCAUGCCCGACGCUACGUCGAGCCACUACUGACAAUCAAAGUAUCGAUGUUGCUACCGGAGAUCGGCUGGAACGUUCUGGGCAGCCUAUGGAUUUUCGGACAAAGCGUGGAAUGCGAGCACGAGCACUAUUCUAUCACCGUCGUAGAGACGUUGGUACUCUUCGACUGGAUCCUGAUUGGUCUCAGCAUCUUCGGCCUCGCCCUGGUGUUCGACCCGAUCGGCUCACUGGAGAAGAAACAGCUGGAGAACACCGUGGAGCACGGCAAGCACUCGCGCAUCUGGCUACGGCGAUUCAGGUUCCUGUGGUGGAUGCGUAAGGACGAGAGCGCGAGUGAGACCUUUCAACAUGUCGCUGGUCUGUUAACCGCAUUAUUCCGAGGCACGGAUUUGGUGCCCUCGGACGUGAUGGCGGGUUGCAUUCUGCUGAGAGUUCGGCAGAAACGGGAAACUCAUGAAUUGCGAAGGUUAAAUUUAAUCCCACGCCCAAAGUAUACUUCAGACGGCACCGCGAUCUUCUCCAAUACGCCCAACUGGAUGUCCUUGGAGGCCGCCCAUCAUUUCUCACAAUUGUCAAUCGCCGUCUACGGCUGGCUCUUCGUACUAUACCAACAUAUGUGUACCGGAUGUUUCCGUUUGGUGCGGGGCAUGACAUGCUGCGCUUGUUUUCGACGAAAGCGUAACGUUAUUCUCGACGACAACUGCUGCCUCUGUAAUUUCUCUGGCGUGAAAUAUUUGUCGAAAUUGUCGGAGGAGGACAUUCUAUUUGCCUCCUUCAAGAAUCAUUUGUGCGAGAUACCGUUUUGCGUGAUCGCGGAUCACAAGACCGCCAAUAUCGUCGUGGUUAUACGAGGGUCAUUAUCUUUACGGGACUUAAUUACUGACUUCGCAGCCGCGUCCGAUUCGUUCGAGUGUCCAGGUGUUCCUCCAGGUAGUACGGCGCACAAGGGUAUGGUGAUGGGAGUGAAAAUAAUAUUAAAGCAACUGAAACAUCAUAAAGUCUUGGAGAGAGCGUUCGCCACGUAUCCUAAUUACCAUCUGACGCUUACGGGUCACAGUUUAGGAGCCGGUUUAGCCAUUCUGCUAGGAUUACUGAUACGGCCCCGUUAUCCGGACCUGAGAGUCUACGCGUUUUCUACGCCAGCUGGACUGCUCAGCAGAGAUGCUGCCAGGGUCACGGAAGAAUUUGUGUUGACCGUGGGACUUGGUGAUGACUUGGUAAUGAGGCUCAGUGUGCACAGUAUAGAGAAUUUAAGAAUCUCGUUACUGACGACAUUACGAGCAUGCCGGCUACCUAAGUACAGAGUAGUUCUGAACGGAUUUGGAUACGCUUUAUUCGGAGUUCCCGAGAGAGACUUAACGAAAACAUGGGCCAAUUGCAAUAUAAUCAGCACAAUUCCGAGCCAAUCACCUUUACUAACUGAGGUCGAAAUUGCGAGACGCGAGGAAAAUAAAAUAGUAGAGCGUGACAUAACGAAGAGGAGAUAUUCGAAAGAGAAACUAUUUAAUGCUGGCCGUAUACUUCAUAUAACGAGGUGUAAACUCGAGAGAACGGAAAGAAAGAGUAAGAAAGAACUCGCAAAGGAAAGGAAAUACGAGAUGCGAUGGGCGCAAGCGGAAGAGUUCACGAAACUGUCAGUGAUGCCGCGCAUGCUCCUAGAUCACCUGCCAGAAAAUAUAGAGCGAGCUUUGGCCACGUUAUUAGAGCAACAAAAUGACAUACCCUAUUACUUCGAUCCUUAA